AUGUACACACUGCCAGCAUUUUUCAUGGUGCUGCUUUCUAUUGCGUGUUGCCUAAUAAUUACUCUAUUUUUCAAAGAAGAGUAUGCUGGCAUUAUUGAGACGAAAAAAGAAGAUAACGACGUGGUCAUUCCAAAGUUCGAUGUGAUACCAGCUUUAAUAUGUAUCUACCUGUGGAUGGUCUCAUGCAUGGUUGCGACCAAUAUUGAAGUGAUAUCCACUCCUUGGUCCGUUGUGAUGUAUAAUUGGAAGGACUCUGAUGCUGUUCUAUAUAACGGGAUCUUCCAAACAGCAUCCUGCUUAGUGUCUUCAGGGAACAGUUUUCUCAUAGGAUAUACUCGCAUAGGGCAAAUUGAAAAGAGGAAACAAAUUAUGUUUGGAGUCACAGUAUUCUUACUAUUUCACAUUUUCAACUUUCCAUGGCCAUUCUACAGUGGACCGCUAGAUUAUAUUCCAGAAGGAAAGAAUUCGAGCGAAAUUGGCGGAUGUCUUCCGUCUUAUGAAUGGUGUAAGACAGCCAAACGGGUACCGUUUCCUAUAUACUUGAUUUGCUUCGUUUUUUUCUUCGGCGUUUCUUUCCCUUUUACCGGUUCUCCAUCGGCAACUCUCUACUCGCUAAUUCUCGGGCCUCGGAAGCAGGGAACGAUGCAAGGAAUUCAUUCCUUUGGUGGCAGCUUCGCGCAAUGUGUAGCUCCUAUUCUAGCCACGUAUCUGUUCAAGUACUCUGGGUACAAAUACGUGAUGGUCACGCAGAUAUGCACGUUGGGACUAGCGCUUGUGUUGGUAAUCGUCUUCUAUCGUCGCUUGGUCCCACUGAAGAUGAAGCCAUUACCAGAAAAAGCAACAAAUGACAUCAUAGUCUAUGCUCUGUGA